AUGGCAGAAAUAUCUUCUGGUUGUUUGCAGAUGAAAAACACUUUCUGUCCAAAAAGAAAGCAAAGAACAGAAGACAGCAAAUCUUUUACUUGCCCUCACUGUGAAAAGGAAUUUAAAAGAAAAGCACGUCUUGUGGAGCACAUAAAAAUUCACUCUGGAGAGUCCCCAAACACAUGUCUUCAGUGUGGAAAGAGUUUCACUCAAAAAAAUGGUCUUAAGAUCCACAUGAGAAUUCACACUGGAGAGCACCUAUACCCAUGUACUCAGUGUGGAAAGAAUUUCACUCGAAAAUGUAAUCAUGAUGCCCACAUGAGAAUUCACACUGGAGAGCGCCCAUACAAAUGCACUCAGUGUGAAAGGGGUUUUACAAUGAAAGCACAUUUUAUAAUUCACAUGAGAGUUCACACAGGAGAGCGCCCAUUCACAUGUACUCAAUGUAAAAAAUGUUUUAUUGAUAAAUCAAUUCUCAGGGUGCACAUGAGAGUUCACACUGGAGAGCUCCCAUACCCAUGUCUUCAGUGUGGAAAGAGUUUAAGUAGGAAAGAUAAACUUGCAGAUCACAUGAAGGUUCACACUGGAGAGCGCCCAUACAUGUGUCUUCAGUGUGGAAAGUGUUUCACUAAGAAAGAUAAACUUGCAGAUCACAUGAACAUUCACACUGGAGAGCGCCCACACAUGUGUCUGCAGUGUGGAAAGUGUUUCACUCAAAAAACUAAUCUUGAUGCCCACAUGAAAAUUCACAGUGGAGAGCGGGCAUACCCAUGUCCUGAGUGUGAAAAGAGUUUCGUUACGAAAGUGUAUCUAAAGAAGCACAUGAGAGUUCACACUGUAGAGGGUCCGUACACGUGUCUCCAGUGUGAAAAGAGAUUCACUCGAAAACCUAGUCUUGAUGCCCACAUGAAAAUUCACACUGGAGUGUGCCCAUACAUGUGUCUCCAGUGUGGAAAGAGUUUCACUCAAAAACCUAGUCUUGAUGCCCACAUGAAGAUUCACACUGGAGAGCGUCCGUUCCCAUGUCUUCAGUGUGAAAAGAGUUUCAUAGCGAAAGGAUGUCUUAAGAAGCACAUGAGAGUUCACACUGGAGAGCGCCCGUACAUCUGUCUCCAGUGUGGAAAGAGUUUCAGUCGAAAAUAUAGUCUUAAUGUCCACAUGAGAGUUCACACUGGAGAUGAGAAAUAA